AUGAAAGAGACCACUUUGUUGCAUAUGCUCUUGGUUACAUUGGCUUGUUUAAGUGCAAUCUACACCAGCAAUGCAGAAGAUCCAUACAGAUUUUAUACAUGGGAAGUCACAUACGGCAAAAUUUCUCCUCUUGGAGUUUCCCAGCAGGGUAUCCUUAUUAAUGGAAAAUUUCCAGGUCCAACAAUUGAUUGUGUGACCAAUGACAACAUCAUUGUAAAUGUCAUUAACAAGCUAGAUGAGCCUUUCCUCAUCACAUGGAAUGGAAUUAAACAAAGAAAGACUUCAUGGCAAGAUGGGGUGCUUGGAACAAACUGUCCAAUCCCACCAAACACAAACUGGACAUACAAAUUUCAAACAAAAGAUCAGAUUGGAUCAUACUUUUACUUUCCAUCUACUAAAAUGCACAGAGCUUCUGGGGGUUUUGGUGGUUUCAACGUUGCACACAGGUCUGUCAUAGCAGUCCCAUAUCCAAUCCCGGCUGAAGAAUACACUGUACUCGUUGGUGAUUGGUUCAACGCUGGACACAAGGCAUUAGCAAAGACAUUGGACUAUGGCAAAUCUCUUCCUCUUCCUGAUGGUCUUCUCAUAAAUGGGCUUUCUCGCAAUAAGGCUGUCUUCUCAGGACAAAAAGGUAAAACCUACAAAUUGAGGGUUUCAAAUGUCGGGAUAGCGACUUCGAUAAACUUCAGAAUUCAAGGGCACAAAAUGGUGCUUGUGGAGGUUGAAGGAGCACAUACACUGCAAGAGGUGUACGAGUCCAUAGACAUCCAUCCAGGCCAAUCACUGGCUCUUUUGGUGACCUUGCGUAACGCGGUUAGGGACUAUUACAUUGUGGCCUCUACUCGUUUCACAAAGCCCUUUCUCACUACCACCGCAAUUCUUCGCUAUGCUGGCUCUAGUACCCCACCCCAAGGCGCAUUGCCCAUUGGCCCAACUUAUCAUAUUCACUGGUCCAUGAAGCAAGCCCGGACCAUCAGGUUAAACUUGACGGCCAAUGCUGCAAGGCCAAAUCCACAAGGGUCAUUCCAUUACGGAACAAUUAAGGUAGCAAGAACAAUAGUUUUGGGUAAUUCAGAAGCUAAAAUUGGUGGUAAACUUCGAUACGCAGUGAAUAGGGUGUCGUACGUUGAUCCAGGCACUCCAUUGAAACUGGCUGAUUGGUACAAUAUUCCUGGGGUGUUUAGCUUAAACUCGAUUAAGGAUAAACCUACUCCAGGCCCUGCUAGCCUCGGCACCUCUGUUAUUGGAACCACUCUUCAUGACUUUGUCGAAAUCGUCUUCCAAAACAACGAGUCCAAGGUUCAAACUUGGCAUUUGGAUGGAACUAGUUUCUAUGUUGUUGCAUAUGGGCCUCGCCAGUGGGAACCAAAGAUGAGGAGACGCUACAAUUUGGUUGAUGGAAUUUCAAGACACACCGUUUCGGUGUAUCCAAAUUGUUGGACUGUUAUAUAUGUGUCUUUGGACAACAAAGGAAUGUGGAACUUAAGGUCAGCAUUAUGGGAAAGAAGAUAUUUAGGGCAACAAUUGUAUGUGAGAGUGUGGAACGACGAACGCAGCCUAUUCACCGAGAACGACGUCCCUGCUAAUGCUAUCAAAUGUGGCAAAGCUAAAAAUCAUCACUAA